GUACCUUUCAAUGCUGUCGCACUCAGGGUCAUUCACACCGACGUGGCUCCCACCAACAUCAUGUACGCGGUGAAUGCCAGCUGGGUGGGGCUCUGCAGGAUACCCGAUGAAAUCAGAUGCCAAAGCGAGGGGCCGGUCCUGCUGACACAGACGCCGAUCUGUGAUUGCCUCGGCUUUGGAAUUGUCCGAGGGGUUGACAUGGAGAAGAAGCUUUACCACAUCCUGACGCCGGUGCCUCCAGAGAGCCUGAGGCUGGUGAAUUGUCUGCUCCUCGGAAACAUCGCCAUCCCCAACUGUGUUCUCGUGGGCCAGCAAGGAGUUGAGGGAGAGAUCCCCUAUGUCACAUCUGACUAUAACUACAGCAUCGUGGGGUCUGGGAAGCUGAAAAAGAAGUUUUCCAAGCAGAGGGAGCAUGCGUUCGCCUGA